AUGACACCCCCUGGAUUUCGAAGCAAGGUCGACAUGACCUUCAUUGGUACUGCCACUGCCAUUAUCAGCAUCGAUGGAGUCCACUUCAUCACCGAUCCCGUUUUUGACAACGUGGGCACCACAUACGACCUGGGUAUACUCACCUUAGAAAGCCUCAAGGCACCUGCUCUUGGUCUGCACGAGAUACCUGCCAUCGACGCAGUCCUUCUGAGCCACGAGGACCAUCCCGACAAUCUCGAUACAGCCGGUCGAACUCUUCUUGACGGAAGACUGGUCGUCACCACCCCGGAUGGCGCUAACAACCUCGAGCCAAGACCCGCCGUUCACCCGAUUCUCCCAUGGCAGACACUGCCUCUCAGCAUCGGAGGAAAGAAGUUCAACAUCACAGGCACUCCAUGCGUGCAUCUUCCAGGCGGCGAGACAACUGGGUUUAUCAUUCAUACCGAAUCAUUUGGCACGAGCCCCGAAGGACUUCCGAAUGCAAUCUACUUUUCGGGAGACACGAUUUAUCUCGAAGAACUUGGGCAGAUGCGAAAGAAGUUCCACAUCGUACUUGCGAUCAUUAAUCUCGGCUCAGUAGUAGCCCCUUUACCCGAUGGGCCGGUUCAAAUCACCCUUGAUGGGAAGUCUGCGGUGAAGCUCAUUCAAGACAUCGGAGCAGACUUGGUGGUCCCGAUGCAUUUUGAUUCAUGGAAACACUUCAAGGAACCAAGCACAGAGUCCAAAAGGAUAUUUGAGGAGGCAGGAUUGAAGGACAAAGUUAUCUGGCUUGAGCCUGGUGUAGCUAGGCGUGUUUUGUAG